AACAUUCCGAAUAUUAUGAUUUAAUUCACUUGUCGCGAUAUUCUCACAACAAAUGUUUGUUUCAGUUCGGCUUUCAUUCGGCACGUGCGUUUCACUUUUCAUCGAAUGUUAGUGCCGUAAAGUCGCGCAUUUUUUUUCUUCUAUAAUUCAUUCAAUCAAUUCCAUUAAAUUAUGGGAAAUAUCUUACAAAGGAAUUCUCCAAAAGAGCCUGACGUACCCACACCACAAAUCACUGCAUUGACACCAGAUGAAGUUGAUAUAAUCAAAGCGACAUGGAAGAUUCCAAGUGCAAAUGCCUUUGAUUCAGCUGAGACCAUUUUGUAUACUUUCCUUGAACGCUUUCCGGAACAUCAACCGAAAUUCUCGUUCAGGGACGUCCCGCUAUCGGAUCUCAAAGGCACUCCCGGCUUUCGUAAUCACGCAUCAAAGAUUUUUAAUGUUUUCAGCAGUGUUGUUGAUGCUCUUGACAGAGAUCCCGAUUACAUGGGCAUCAAAAGAAUUCUAGCCGAAAUUGGAAAGUUUCAUGCGAAGAAGAAAAUCACAAAGAAAUCUCAAAACGAUCUUCGCAGCGUAGUUGUUGAUAUUUUAACUGACGUGUGUAAGCUCGAUGAACAAGGCAAAAUUGCUUGGACAAAACUUUUGGAUAUUUUCUUCCACGUUAUCUUCGAAUGCCUUGACGGACGUGCUGAUCAAUUCUAAACACAAAUUCUUCGCUAUUUCAACGUUCGUGACAAAAUCGUCGAGUCAAUUGUUUUCCGAAUAUGGCUGAUGAGAGGAUGGAAUAUUUUAUAUUUAUAUAUUUUAGGUGACGCCAUAUAAAUGAAUUUAGUGAACGAAGCACAUUCUCAUCAUUUAUUCCAAUAUUGUUUUUCUUUUUCGACGACUUCCAAAACUUUUCAGUUUUUAAAUUCAAUUAACAUUAGGUCAAAUAAUUAUUCUAAGACGAUUGAUUUCUAAUUUCUCUUCUCGUAAUAUUGUUAUACUCGUCUUUUGACCGCAUUGCACAACAAGCAACACGACUAUUAAAAAAAUAAAGAAUUUAUGAGCUUUUUUUUGUACGCACUGAAAAUGUUACUUACAAUUUGUCUUCAAUGUCGAUUAAAUGGUUGUUAAGAUUGUUUACGUUAUCAACUUUGAAGAGUCGUUUAAUUAAUCGAUUUAUUGGUGUUUGAUGAGGUUUUGAGGAAGGUGACUUUAUAACGUCUUAACACGCAAUUUCUCGAAGCAAAGCGAUCAAAGAUUUCUACUCAACAAAGCUUUAUCGCAGACAUUAAACGUAAUUAUCAUCCUUGAC